AUUAUUUGCAAGUGAGAUAUCCUUUACAAGAAGUAAACUAAACAUGUCACGAAAUCUAUAUGGGGAGAAAUUCUAAACUUGUUAAGAAGAAUGUAUAUCAGUUAUGUUGGAUUCCAACAGAGAUAACAUAUGCUUAAAACCAAAUUAUUUGUAUGAAAAUGUCUUAGAUUUUCUUUGAAAAGGGUUUUUAUAUAAAAUGUUUAAAGAAUUGAAAAGUAAAGGGUAUAGGCGAAAAAGGGGUUAUUUGUAUGAAAAUGAUUUUUAAUCAUUCUCACAUAUUUCUACGAUGUUAAGAGAUUAAAAUGAUCUAAAAUUUACAGUAGCAAAAUAAACAAAAAGAAAAUCUGAAAUGACAGCUGCCUAAGUUUUACAACUACGGCAAUAGGGUAAUGGGUUUACACGUUUAGUAAUUCUUACGUGUAAGAUUGAUAUCUCUAGUUUAAAACUUACUAAUUACAAUAAGGUGGUAAUUCAUAAUUAAGCUAACUCUUAGCUCCAUGAAAAGCAUCAUCAUGCGUCAGCUUCUUCAGUCACUCUUUUUCUCACUUUUGCAAAAACCCUUGGGUCCGUUUCUCCUAUCCAAACUCUCGACCGCCGCUGGAAAACACUUCCGGCGACCUAAAACGCCCGACGAACCUUUCUCCGGGCAUCUACAGCCUACAGGUCUUCGUUUGCUCUGCAUUGUACGGAUUCUCUCCCGACCGACGACUCAACUUCCGGUAAAGCUCUUGGUCUUCAAAUCUCCGUUCCUUUUUGUUUGUUAAGAAACGAUGAUCAUAAAAAACUGGUAUCUUCGUUCAAAUCUUUGUUACUUCGUUCGUGGGCAUCUCAGCUUCUUUUUGUUUUAAAUCAUACAUAUUUGAGGAAAAACUGGAACUUUUUAAGAAAGGGUGUGUUGAAAUUUUGUUUGGAACAAGAAAAGGUGCUACUUUUUUGUUUGUCUUAGAUCUUUUUCACUUUUUUUUGGGAGAAAGUUUUUCAUCAAAGUGAUUUUAGGUUAGUUGAUGAAAUUGUUGCCUUUUGUCUUCUUUUUUUCUGGUUAUUUUUACCGACUUUCUGUAAAGCUUUUGGAUGAUUCAUUGAACCUUAUACUGUCCUAGUUAUGCAUUACUUUGAUCAUGUGCUUGAAAUGUAUGUUGCCAGAAUUUCUGAUCACAUUUAUACAGAUUUUAUAUCACCAUGUUUAAUACAGAUUUUCGCUAGUAUUUUCGAAUCCACCACUUUCUUGACAUUGUUGCUUUUGUUUUGUGCUUAUGAUCACUCGGGGUUGAUAGAUGAUGAAGCUUGCAUCACUGGUGAGAAACAUUUGCUCUCGCCAAGUUCAUCAUUACCAGCCUUCUCCUAUUGUUCACUCUUUUCACUCAAAGAGUGAAAAAACACGCUUCAUGGCUUCCACGAUAUAUUCAGUGGUGAAGAUCUUUAGCAUAAACCGCACGGCUGAUCCUUCACAUCCGUGGACUGCUCCAACCAGCAAUCCUUGUUCCGGUUCUGGUAAUAAAAACUCUUAACCAUGUUUUUCUCCAAUGAUUGUUUUAUAUGUCUAUUGCUUACCGAUUUAUGAUUGAUGAUUUGCAAUUGAUAGGAUUUGUUAUCUCGGGUCGGAGGAUCAUAACAAAUGCGCAUGUCGUAACCGGUGCCACAUUUAUCCAAGCUACAAAACUGAGUUCCGGAACUAAAUAUAAGGCUACAGUUUUGGCUUUUGGCCAUGAGUGUGAUCUAGCCAUAUUGCUCAUCAACAAUAAUGAGUUUUGGAAAGAUUUGGAACCUUUAAAUCUUCGUGGAGAAAUGCCCAAUCUUCUAGAACCGGUUCGAAUUGUUGGAUAUCCACAAGGUGGGGAUAGCAUCUCAAUCACAGGUGGCAUACUUUCAAGGAUCAACACAUAUGUUUAUUCCCACAGUCGAGGCGAACUCGAACUCCCGGUGCUUCAAGUUGAUGCAGCUAUUAAUUCAGGAAAUAGUGGAGGUCCCGUUUUCAUCGAAAAUGAAGUGAUUGGGGUGGCUUUCGAGAGGCUUCCUAGUGGAGACAAUAUCGGGUCAGGUUCUGUGACUUUUUGAGUACAAUCUUGUUCUGAUAUUUCCUAAGUCAUCAAUUAGAGAAGUCUUCUAGAUAUGGAAAUCGUUUUGUUUUGGCAAUUAAAAUAGUAAAUGUGAAUUUCCAGAGAAUAUGUUACAAUAUUUUCUGCUAAUUUUGUGCAUUAGUAGUUAAGGAAUUUUUAAGAUAUCACGUCAAUAAAAUGGAUCACAAUUAAUCAAUUGAUUUUGUUUCGCAGAUACGUGAUCCCAGCCCAAAUUGUUAAGAUAUUCUUAGCCAGUAUUGAUAAGGGAGAUGAGACAGGAUUUUGUUCAUUGGGGAUUUCUCUACAGUCCAUGGAGAAUGCGAUGAUGCGAAAGUAUUUUAAGAUGAAGAAGAUCAUGACUGGUGUUUUAGUGACUAAGACCAAUCAGCAUUCACAAGGUAACGAGUAUGUGGAGAAGAACGACGUCAUUCUCGAGAUUGAUGGUAUGACCGUAGAAGAUGAUGGCAAAGUUUUUUAUGAAAGCAGGUUGUGGAUGCACUUAAAUGGUUUCAUUGCUUUGAAGAAUCCUAAUGAAAGAAUCUCUCUCAAAGUGUUGAGAAACGGAGAAGUCAUCCACAUGAAGAUGGAAGCUAUGCCGGUGGAUACUUGGUAUACAAGUGAUUAUAGUUCUCCAAGCUAUUAUAUCUUGGCAGGACUCGUUUUCACAGAAUCCACAGAAUCCAUGACGGGUGUAAAGAUAUGUGAGGUGUUGGAGGAUAAUAUUAACAAGGGAUAUAGUUCAUUCAGAGAUUUGGAGGUACAUUGCGUUAAUGGACGGCCUGUGAACACUCUCGAUCAAUUGUGUGAGCUUAUAGUAGCUUCUACCGAGGAAUAUGUGAGGAUAGAGUUGGAAGGUGAUUUAGUUGUUAUGGUCAACCUAAAGAGUCACAAAAAGUCUCGUGGUCAGCUCUUGGAAUCUCACAGGGUAAUGUAUGAUAUGUCUGAUGACAUUGAAGAAGCAUAUCCUUGCCUUGGAGAAGAAUGAUCGGAUUAAUCCUUCUCUUAAUUACUUUAUUGUUUUUGUUUCUUUGUAAUGACUCAUCUCCUUGACGACUCCUCUUAGUUUAUUGUUUUUCGAAUUGAGAAAGAGGAAAUACUUGAUUACAGUAAGUAGUCACCUUA